AUGGAUUCUUCCAAGGCUCCCGUCAAGCUUGUCAAGGUCACCCGCGUCCUCGGCCGCACUGGCUCUCGCGGUGGCGUCACCCAGGUUCGCGUCGAGUUCAUGGACGACCAGACCCGUUCCAUCAUCCGUAACGUCAAGGGCCCUGUCCGCGAGGAUGACAUUCUCUGCCUCCUCGAGUCCGAGCGUGAGGCGAGG